UAGCACGACCAAGAUUUGUCAAUCACUACACAAAACCUCCUGCCAUGGAUGUUCAAAGCAGUUCUCAACAAGAAUUGCACAAAACAGCCAUUUACGCAUUUGAUGAAGUUGAAUACGAUGAUGAUGUUUUCUAUAAGGAGCUCAGAAAACAAGUCUUACAACUGACAGCGGAGGACGAUGAAUCAUUUGAAACCAAGAAUCCCAACAUGCAAAAACAAGGCCAGAAUUAUGGUGCUACAAAUGACAGGGGCUAUUACAGUUGGCCCGGGAACAAGGAGGAUCAUGCGGCACCUGCAUGGAUAUUGAAUUUGUGGAGAACUGGGAACGGAACAGGAGUUUUCAUACCACAAAUUAAUGCCCAGGCCAGAUCGAAAAACAGACCAAGAAAGAAGAAGAACAAAAGAGGACGAACAUACAAGGGUGUGGAAAAGAUGAGCUGGACUGAAAAUUAGAUUCUUUUAUUCUUUCAGAACCUGUGAAAUAUGUACUUUUAACUGCCCUGUGUAUAAAUGAAUGGAAUGGAAUGUAAGUUUUGAUGGCUGCAUCGUUAUAGCUUUAUCAUCAUAA